GCUCGGUUGGCCGCGGGGCGGCGGGAGGUAGCGGCGGGCAGAGUGAGCCGGAGGCAUGGGUCAGGCGGCCUGGAAGGGGUUCGCCCUGUCGCUGUUCGACUACAAGACCGCAAAGUUCGUGGUCGCCAAGAGCAAGAAGGUGGGGCUACUCUACCGGGUGCUGCAGCUCACUAUCCUGUUGUACUUGCUCAUAUGGGUGUUUCUGAUAAAGAAGAGUUAUCAGGAUAUUGACACUUCCCUGCAGAGUGCUGUGGUCACCAAAGUCAAGGGUGUGGCAUAUACCAAUACCACUAUGCUUGGGGAACGGCUCUGGGAUGUAGCAGACUUUGUCAUCCCAUCUCAGGGGGAGAACGUUUUCUUCGUGGUCACCAACCUGAUCGUGACUCCUAACCAGCGGCAGGGCAUCUGUGCUGAGCGGGAAGGCAUACCUGAUGGCGAGUGUUCUGAGGACACUGACUGCCAUGCUGGGGAGUCUGUUGUAGCUGGACAUGGACUGAAAACUGGUCGUUGUCUGCGGGCAGGGAACUCUACCCGGGGCACCUGUGAGAUCUUUGCUUGGUGCCCAGUGGAGACAAAGUCCAUGCCAACGGAUCCCCUCCUGAAGGAUGCUGAAGGCUUCACCAUUUUCAUAAAGAACUUCAUUCGCUUCCCCAAGUUCAACUUCUCCAAAGCUAAUGUGCUAGAAACAAACAACAAAAAUUUCCUGAAAACCUGUCACUUCAGCCCCAAGAAUCUCUACUGUCCUAUCUUCCGACUGGGGUCCAUUGUCCGCUGGGCAGGGGCCGACUUCCAGGACAUAGCACUGAAGGGUGGUGUGAUAGGAAUCCAUAUCGAAUGGGACUGUGACCUUGAUAAAGCUGCCUCUGAAUGUGACCCACACUAUUAUUUCAACCGUCUGGACAACAGGCACACAAAAUCCAUCUCCUCUGGGUACAACUUCAGGUUUGCCAGGUAUUACCGAGACUCCAAUGGGGUAGAGUUUCGUGACCUGAUGAAAGCCUAUGGCAUCCGCUUUGAUGUGAUAGUUAAUGGCAAGGCAGGAAAAUUCAACAUCAUUCCUACAGUCAUCAACAUAGGUUCUGGGCUGGCGCUCAUGGGUGCUGGGGCUUUCUUCUGCGACUUGGUACUUAUCUACCUCAUCAGAAAGAGCGAGUUUUACCGAGACAAGAAGUUUGAGAGAGUGAGGGGCCAGGAGGAGGAAGCCAAUGUUGAGCUUGAGGCCAACCAGAUCGAGGAGGAGCUGCCAGAGGACAAGCCAAGGGAAGGGGUUCAGCAGGAUGAGCAGCUGCAAGAGCUGGCCCAGAGUGGCAGGAAGCAGAAUGACAGCUGCCAGCUCUUUGAGCCUGCCAGGUCUGGCCUCCUGGAGAAAGCCAUGGUGAAUGUGAAGCAGCCACAGAUCUUGCAAACAGUGAAGACUGAAGAUGCAGUCAGAGCUCUUGGCAGAGAACAGAUUCAAAGAUGAUGGGGCCAGGACAGACCACAGCUCUGACCUGGGAAGAGACCUCUUGGUGCUUGCUCAGGAUGGGGCUUCUGGGAAGAGGCCCCUCAACCCCAUUCGGCUUCCAUGGGAUCCUGCUG